UUUGUGUGGCUGCGACCCGGCUCCCCGCACUCGGAGUCCGUCCGCCCCGGGAGCCGGCCCGGCGCUGUCCAGCCAUCCGUGCGCCCCGCGCCCCGCGCCCCGCCGCCGCCCGGAAAGCCGCCGCCCGCGCUCGCUCGCUCGCUCGCCAUGGACACUCCGCGGGUCCUGCUGUCGGCCGUGUUCCUCAUCGGCUUCCUGUGGGAUCUGCCCGGUUUCCAGCAGGCGUCCAUCUCCUCCGCCUCGUCCUCCGCCGACCUGGGCUCCGCCAGGGGGAUGCGGAGCCGCAGGGAAGGGAAGCUGCCCCGGCCGCCGCGGGAGCCGGAGGAGCCGGAGCCGCAGCCGCGGGCGCAGGAGCCGCCGGCCGCGGGCCCGCGCGUGGUGCCGCACGAGUACAUGCUGUCCCUCUACCGGACCUACUCCGUCGCCGAGAAGCUGGGCAUCAACGCCAGCUUCUUCCAGUCCUCCAAGUCGGCCAACACCAUCACCAGCUUCGUGGACCGCGGGCUCGACGAUCCCCCGCACGCCGCCGCCCUCCGGAGGCAGAGGUAUCUGUUUGACGUGUCCACGCUGUCAGACAGAGAGGAGCUGGUGGGCGCGGAGCUGCGGCUGUUCCGCCAGGCGCCGCCCCCGGAGCCCCGGGCCGCCGCGCCCGCCGCGGGGCCGCUGCGCCUGCAGCUGGCCGCCUGCCGCGCGCCCCGGCCGCUGGCCGCGCGCACCCUGGCCCCGCGGGCGCCGCGGCCCGGCUGGGAGGUCUUCGACGUGUGGCCGGGCCUGCGCCUGCAGCCGCGGGAGCCGCUGUGCCUGGAGCUGCGGGCCGCGUGGGCCGGGGCCGAGGAGGAGGCCGCCGGGGAGGAGGACGAGGCCGCCGGGGACGAGGACGAGGACGAGGCCGCCGGGCACCGGGCGCGGGAGGAGCUGGAGGCGCGCGCGCCGGGGCCCCAGCGGCCGCCGCCCCCGGACCUGCGGAGCCUGGGCUUCGGCCGGCGGCGGCGGCCCCCGCAGGAGCGCGCCCUGCUCGUCGUGUUCGCCCGGUCACAGCGCAAGAACCUGUUCGCCGAGAUGCGCGAGCAGCUGGACUCGGCCGAGCAGGCGGCGGGCCCGGGCGCGGGGUCGUGGCCGCCGCCGCCGCUGCUGCCGUCGGGCGCCCCGGACGCCCCGGACGCCGCCGCCGCCGCCGCCGGCGCCGCGGGGCCCUGGCUGCUGCCCUCUAGCGGCCGGAGGCGGCGGCGCACGGCCUUCGCCAGCCGCCACGGCAAGCGGCACGGCGGCGGCGGCGGCGGCGGCGGCGGCAAGAAGUCGAGGCUGCGCUGCAGCAAGAAGCCGCUGCACGUGAACUUCAAGGAGCUGGGCUGGGACGACUGGAUCAUCGCCCCGCUCGAGUACGAGGCCUACCACUGCGAGGGCGUGUGCGACUUCCCGCUGCGCUCGCACCUCGAGCCCACCAACCACGCCAUCAUCCAGACGCUGAUGAACUCCAUGGACCCCGGCGCCACGCCGCCCAGCUGCUGCGUGCCCACCAAGCUGACCCCCAUCAGCAUCCUGUACAUCGACGCGGGCAACAACGUCGUCUACAAGCAGUACGAAGACAUGGUGGUGGAGUCGUGCGGCUGCAGGUAGCGGAUGGCCCGGUCCUGCCGCCGCCGUGACCGUGGCCCGUGACCGUGACCGCAGGGGAGGCCUGACCUGCAGCGUCAGGAGAGGAGCUGGCCUUGGAGGCGCAGGGGUGCGGGGAAGGGAGCAAGCAGCCUGGACGUGCAGCGUGCUGUGCCCCGAUGGGAGGAGAGAGGAGGGAUGCCCAGCCUUCCCAGAACCUUUCUCCCCUGCCAGCCCGGAGGGAGAGACGGAUGUUCACACACACA